GGGAGGCUGUUGGUCACAAGAGGAAGGGAGCGGUAUUCUCUUCGUACACGAAAGCUGCUUGAUAAAUUGCUCCGAGCUGAUCAUGCUAAAGGGCUAGCUGCAAAAUGUAUGUAUGAAGGACAGUUGGCCGUAUUAAAUAAUGGGCAUGUCAGUGAAUUUAAACCCUUAUUAUUAAGUGAGAGUCGUAAUUUGUAUACCACUUGUUUCGCUUUUGGCAUCGCCACUGCAUUUCUUGGUGAAGAAGCUGCCUUAGUUUGUAAAUCUGCCAUGGAAGUUGCCGUCAGUGAAAUCUAUAAUCAGCAAAUUCGUGAUCUGCUUGCUGACGACCCAGCUUCGCAUGCAGAACUCUUGGAGGUUCGGAGGCCGGGGAGUUUCAGCUCACCGACGCCCUUUCUUCUCAAUUGGCAACAUGAAAAUGGGUGGUCGGGCACAACUUCUUAG